AUGCCAUUCCUUCCUUUCUUUCUUUAUUUAUUUAUUUCCUUCUUUCUUUCUGUUUACGUCUUAUACACUUCUUUCUUUCAUUAUUUUUACGCCUCAUACACUUCUUUCUUUCUUUUUCUUUCUUUCUUUUUCUUGCUUUCUUUCUUUUUCUUGCUUUCUUUCUUUUUUACGUUUUAUACACUUCUUUCUUUCUUUCUUUCUUUCUUUCUUUCUUUCUUUCUUUCUUUCUUUCCCAGGUCACACGUCAUUCUCCAUGGUUUUCUUUCUCAUGCUACUCUUGAUUUUCUUCUUACAGUUUAUUUCUUUUCUCUUCUCUCUCUCUCUCUUUCUCUUUCUCUGUCGUUUCUGCCACCACUACAACAACUACGACGACACUUUAUCGAUGGCAUGCACAUCUUUAUCGUUAUAACCUCUACCACGGCACCAACAUCACAUAUCCUCAUUUUAUCUUUUUAUUACAACUUUCUUUCUCCAAAUUCUUCAUUUUUCCUCCUAUAUUCUUUUUUUUAUUAA